AUGAAGGUGCUGAGGGCCUGGCUCCUGUGCCUGCUGAUGCUGGGCCUGGCCCUGCGCGGGGCUGCAGAUCGGACCCAUCGGCACUCCAUGGAGACACGCAACCGGGAUGUCAACCCUGCCUGGUACACCAGUCGCAGGAUCAGGCCUGUGGGCCGCUUCGGUCGGAGGACGGCAGCUCCGGGGGACAUCUUGAAGCCUGGCCUGCGACCCCGGCUGACCUGCUUCCCCCUGGAAGGCAGCGCUAAGUCCUCACAGGAUGGAUGA